UGCCGUCGCCCAAUCCCUACAAGCACGCGGCGUCCGUCCAGGCGAAGCCAUAGCACUGGCGCUGCCGAUGACGGUGCAGUCAGUGGCGGCAUACCUGGGCGUGCUGCUGAUUGGUGCGGCCGUGGUGUCCAUCGCUGACAGCUUCUCUGCUCGCGAGAUUGCUGCCCGCUUGAAGAUUGCCGGGGCUACGGCGAUUGUCACACAGGACUUCAUUCCGCGUGGCGGAAAGCUGCUGCCACUCUACAGCCGGGUGGUGGAGGCGGGUGCGCCGCCCGCCAUUGUGCUGCCAGCCACUGAGGGAGCGCCACGUGUCGCGUUGAGAGAGGGCGACGUGUGGUGGAGCAGCUUUCUGGCUGAGGGGCAGCGCUCAACAGAGAGAGGCACCAGCAGCGUGCCAUGUGUCAGCAUGCCAGUGGACGCCAGCAUCAACAUUCUCUUCUCGUCCGGCACCACUGGCACCCCCAAGGCCAUCCCGUGGUCGGCCCUGGCGGCCAUCAAGGCGGCUGCAGACGCGUGGGCGCACCACGACCUCAGGGGCGUGCGACGCGGCACACAGGGGCCAGAGGGGCGCGAGGGGGCGCAUUAUGGCAGCUCACAGAAGCAGCAGCAGCAUCAACGGGGGGCAGCAGGCGACGUGGUGUGCUGGCCCACGGGUCUGGGGUGGAUGAUGGGUCCCUGGCUGCUCUUCGCCGCUCUGCUCAACGGUGCUACUGUAGCUCUCUACAACGGCUCGCCUCUCACCCACGGAUUUGCACGUUUCGUGCAGGAUGCACGUGUGACGGUGUUGGGGGUGGUGCCCAGCCUCGUGCGCUCCUGGAAGGCCUCUGGCUGCACCGACGCCUGUGAUUGGUCGCACAUACGCCUCUUCUCCUCUACGGGAGAGGCCUCUCUCCCCUCCGACUAUCUCUGGCUCAUGUCACGCGCGCGCUACCAAGCACCCAUACUGGAGUACUGUGGGGGCACUGAGAUCGCCGGGGCCUUUCUCACUGGCAGCUUGCUGCAGCCCCAGGCGCUCUCCUGCUUCAGCACCCCCGCCAUGGGGUGCAGAGCGGUGCUGCUGGGUGCAGAGGGGGACGGGGGUGGGGGAGUGGAUGGGGGCAGUGGUGGGGGGGCGAGAGUGGUGGAUCCUGGGGAGUGGAGGAAGGGGGGUGGUAGUGGGGCGGGUGGAAUGGAGGGCGAUGAUUGGCUGAUGGGGGAGUGCGCGCUCAUGCCUCGCAUGCUGGGAGCUUCGUGGAAGCUUCUGAACGCGGAUCACUACAGGGUCUACUUUGAAGGCAUGCCGGAGUUUCGCGGCCAGCGGCUGCGGCGGCACGGGGACGCGGUGGAGUGGGGGGUGGGGGGCUACUGGCGCGCACACGGGCGCACCGACGACACCAUGAAUCUCGGGGGCGUCAAGGUAGGGUCAGUGGAGGUGGAGCGGGUGUGCAACACAGCGCACCCUGCCGUGUCAGAGACUGCAGCCAUUGGCGUCGCACCACGUGGCGGCGGGCCAGAGGAGCUGGUGGUGGUGGCAGUGAUGCGAGGAGGGGGAGUGGUGGGGGAGAAGGGAGAGAGGAGUGGACGGGUGGAUGGGGCGGAGAGGAGCGUGGUGUCGGAGGAUGAUCUGAGGAAGGUGUUUUCUGCUGCUCUCCAGGCCCAUCUGAGCCCGCUCUUCAAGGUGGCAGCAGUGUGGGUGGUGCCAUCGCUCCCCCGCAAUGCAUCCAACAAGGUCAUGCGCCGCGUGCUGCGAGACCUCUUCACCCGCCGCCAGCUCACCGUGCCUUCCACCACCACACCUCCCACUCGGAGGCUUGUUGGAACCACGGGCCGCGCUACCUCCCGCCUUUAG